AUGAGUGGAGUUAGGUUCCGGGUAGCUAUUAUAUGGCUCUGUUAUGAUGUGGUAUGGAGUUGUCCCUUGAUAGCUAUGAGUGGGAGUUGGGCUCCAGGUAGCUAUGACUCAAAAACUCCAAUACGUGAAUUAUGUUGUGGGAGACUCGGGCUCAUGUGGAUCAUGUUAUGGGAGCCUCGAGCUCGUAUGAAUUGUGUUAUGGGAGCCUCGAGCUCAUGUGGAUUGUGUUAUGGGAGUCUUGGGCUCAUGUACCUUAUACCAACCAGUCAUGGUUGUGACAGGAACAAUUAUCAAGCCUCUAGGAUCCUCGUCAUUGAAGGCCUCCACCCAAUGUAUGAUAAACGUGUGAGAGACCUCUUGGCAUUCAGUAUCUAUUUGGACAUCAGCAAUGAGGUUAAGUUCGGCUGGAAAAUUCAGAGGGACGUGGCAGAGCGAGGACACAGUUUCGAAAGCAUCAAAGCCAGCACCGAAGCUCGCAGGACAGAUUUUGAUAUUUACAUUGAUCCGCAGAAGCAAUACGCGGAUGCAGUGAUCGAAGUGCUGCCUACUCGACUCAUCCCCGACGAUGAUCAGGGCAAGUUCUUGAGAGUAAGGCUGAUAAUGAAAGAAGGGAUGAAGCUUUCCAGCCCGGUUUACCUCUUCGACGAAGGCUCCACCAUCACCUGGGUACCCUGCGGGAGGAAGCUGAUAUGCUCCUACCCGGGCAUCAAGUUCUUCUACGGCCAUGAGACAUAUUUCGGCCAUGAGGUGUGUGUUUUGGAGAUGGAUGGCCAGUUUGAUAGAUUGGACGAGCUGAUAUAUAUAGAGAGCCAUCUGAGCAACAUUUCCACCAAAUUCUACGGCGAACUUACCCAACAAAUGUUGAAACAUUCAGAUUUUCCAGGCAGUAACAAUGGAACCGGUCUCUUCCAAACCAUUAUCGGAUUGAAGAUCAGAGAUAUCUACGAGCAGAUCAUCGCCGGCGGCAAGGCGGCUGCAUCUCCAUUACAAGCCACCAACGCCUAG